GUUAAUAAAGGAAUCAUAUUCGUUUUUUAAAUUAUUAAGUGGCCAAAUUUUUUUUAAUUAUUGUUUUUUCUUCUAUGUCUAUCUGUGUGGUCAAUAUUUGAAUGGUAGUAAAAUCGAGCAAUAAUGAGUGAAUUUGAUUGUUCAUAUAGUGUCGUCGAUAAUACAGCUGAUGCUCCUGAAGAAGUACCAGGAGCCCAGAACGGCCACGUAGGUCGAAGCGGCAAUGUCACAUAUGGCAUCGACGACACGCCCCCGUGGUACCUCUGCAUUUUCAUGGCUCUUCAGCACUACCUGACGAUGAUCGGCGCUAUAGUGGCCAUCCCGUUCAUCCUGUGUCCAGCGCUGUGCAUGCUGGACACCGACCCUGACAGAUCCAACAUCAUAUCUACCAUGAUAUUUGUCACAGGUCUAAUAACCUGGCUGCAAGCGACCUUCGGUUGCCGCCUGCCCAUCGUGCAGGGCGGCACCAUUUCCUUCCUGGUGCCAACCCUAGCCAUCCUCGGUCUGCCAGUGUGGAAGUGCCCGUCUUAUGAUGCCCUAGUAGCCAUGACCGAGGAACAGAGGAAGGCUGUCUGGAUGACCAGGAUGUGUGAACUGUCUGGAGCAAUUGCUGUGUCUGCACUGUUCCAAUUGUUUUUGGGUUAUUUCGGUGUGAUCGGCUCGCUGCUCCGCUUCGUGACUCCGCUGACCAUCGCCCCAACGGUGGCCUUGGUGGGCCUCACGCUGUUUGACCACGCCGCCUCCGCCGCGUCGCAGCAGUGGGGCAUCGCCGCGGGGACGUUCGUCCUCCUCACGAUAUUCUCCCAAUGCAUGGACAAGGUGAACGUCCCGACGCUGUCGUACAAGCGCAGCACGGGAUGUACCAUAACCUGGUUCCCUCUCUUCAAGUUGUUCCCGGUCCUCAUCACCAUAUCGAUUAUGUGGGCCGUCUGCGGGGUCCUCACGGCCACCGGCGUGUUCCCUGAAGGUCACCCCGCCAGGACUGACCUCAAGGUCAACAUUAUAGAAGACGCGCCCUGGUUCCGAGUACCUUAUCCAGGUCAAUGGGGAGCGCCAACCGUCAGCGUGGCCGGGGUACUAGGGAUGUUGGCCGGGGUGCUCGCCUGCACGGUGGAGUCUAUCAGCUACUACCCCACCACUGCCAGGAUGUGUGCUGCCCCCCCUCCGCCGCUACACGCCAUCAAUCGCGGACUGGGGACUGAAGGCCUGGGGACUGUGCUGGCUGGUCUCUGGGGCUCCGGUAACGGCACCAACACCUUCGGGGAGAAUGUUGGCGCUAUUGGAGUUACCAAGGUCGGGUCCCGGCGCGUGGUGCAGUACGCCGCUGGCCUGAUGGUGCUGCAGGGUGUGGUGGGGAAGCUGGGCGCUGUCUUCAUCAUCAUCCCGCAGCCGAUCGUCGGCGGCCUGUUCUGUGUCAUGUUCGGCAUGAUCUCCGCUUUUGGUCUCUCAGCCUUACAGUACGUGGACCUGAACAGCUCCCGGAACCUGUACAUCAUUGGCUUCAGCCUGUUCUUCCCGCUGGUGCUCACCCGCUGGAUGGCGGUCCACAGCGGAGUCAUUGACACCGGGCUGGAGGCGGUGGAUGCUGUGCUGCAAGUGUUGCUGUCCACUUCUAUCCUGGUUGGGGGAGUGGUUGGCUGUCUGCUGGAUAACUUGAUUCCUGGGACCGACGAAGAACGUGGUUUAGCCGCGUGGGCCCAGCAGAUGUCUCUGGAGGCGACACCGGUCACAAGUCAAGGAGACACCUACGAUUUCCCCAUUGGCAUGACUUAUAUACGAAGGUGGAAAUGGACGUCGUAUGUUCCCUUCAUGCCGACCUAUGAACCUGGAAAGUUCACUGCACUCUUCAAGAAGAAGGAAAAUUGAUGAUUUGAUACGACCUGAUGAGUAUCUGUCAGAUAUCUCCGAAGCAUCGAUGGUUGAGGAGAGGUACAGGCAUGUUGAAUGUGCUGUGUGGAGAAGAAAAACUGUACUAA